AUGGGCGCGCUCUACUAUUUACUGCAUCCGGCCCAAUUGCGGUCCAUGAUUCAAUGGAAGCUUUGGCAUGACCCUGUUCACAGACGCGACCCUUCGAACGAGUCGGCGACAUUAUCAGAAUGCUUUCGCUAUUUGAACAUGACAAGCCGCAGUUUCUCGGCUGUCAUUCAAGAACUCAACCACGAGCUUUUGGUCCCAAUCACCCUUUUCUACCUGGUACUACGUGGCCUCGACACAAUUGAGGAUGAUAUGACCAUUCCCCUCGACGUCAAGGUCCCUAUGCUACGAAACUUCCAUGUGACAAUGGAGCAAGAUGGCUGGCAGUACCACGACAGCAAAGAAAAGGAUGCAGAGCUUCUAGAGCACUUUGAUGUCGUGAUUACCGAACUCAAGAAGCUCAAGAAGCCUUACUACGAGAUCAUCAAGGACAUGACCGUUAAGAUGGGUAACGGCAUGGCUGAUUACGCUCAAAACACCGAGAUGAUUGAAAAUGGUGUACAGACCAUCGAAGAAUAUGAGCUGUACUGCCACUACGUUGCGGGGCUGGUCGGCGAAGGCCUGACGCGGCUAUUUGUGGCUUCUGAGCUUGCCAACCCCAAGCUGGCUGAGAGACCCGCCUUGACCGAGUCCAUGGGUCAGUUCCUGCAGAAAACGAACAUCAUCCGUGAUAUCCAUGAGGAUUGGGGCGACCGCCGGCGGUGGUACCCAAAGGAGAUUUGGAGCAAGCAUGUUGACAAGUGGGAAGACCUGUUUGAUCCCAAGUAUGAACCGCAGGCUAUCAACUGCGUAUCAGAAAUGGUACUUGAUGCGCUGAAGCACGUUGAAGACUGUUUGUUUUACAUGGCCGGCAUGAGGGAUCAAAGUGCUUUCAACUUUGUUGCCAUUCCGCAGGGCAUGGCCAUUGCCACCCUGGAACUAUGCUUCAGGAACCCGGCCGUGCUGAAAAGCCAUAUCAAGAUCACCAAGGGAGAUGCUUGCCAAAUCAUGUUGGAGAGCACACAGAACCUUCAGGUGCUUUGCGAUGUUUUCCGAAGAUACGCCAGGCGCAUUCAAAAGAAGAAUGACCCUCGGGAUCCCAACUUCUUGGCAAUUAGCGUACAGUGUGCCAAGAUUGAACAAUUCAUCGAGACCUUGUUCCCAAAGCAAGAUGCGAAGAAGCUCACCAAGGAGGCCCAGGAGAAGCAGAGACAAGAACCCGGCAUGACCACCGGCGAAACCUUUAUGUUGAUUGCUGUCGUUCUCGGCGUUUUGCUGACCAUGACGGGCGUUAUGCUUGGCAUUGCUUGGUUCUUCGGUGCGAGAUUUGACGGCACAUUUUCUGACACUGCCAAACUAUGGUCGGGUGCUGGCGGUGCGCCUCCAGUAUUAGACCGUGACGAAUUGUAA